AUUAGACCUCUCUGUUGGUUGGUUUCAUUUACUAUAAACAGGUCUUGUGCUUUGUUUCAAUACAUCAAAGCCCAUAGCCAGGCACAGACAGAAACCACAUGUAACUUUAGGUCAGAAAAGGGUAAAAUGUGGCACUUCCUUAACCAGCGUUACCGCUGCCUUGGGGUGACUGGAUCAGGCGAAGAUGUAGGCUCCUCUCCCUGCCAUGCUGACGCCUCCGAUGCUAUCCUUCAGGUUUUAUCAGGCUGUGAAUGAGUUUGACACCAUGACUGCUGAGGACUCCACUGCAAGGAUGAGCAACGAUUCCUCCAAUGUGGCUACCACGAAAGUCCCUGAAGGCGUUGCUGGUGCACCCAAUGAGGCAGCUCUGCUGGCCCUCAUGGAGCGCACUGGAUAUAGCAUGAUCCAGGAGAAUGGGCAACGCAAGUACGGAGGCCCUCCUCCCGGCUGGGAGGGCCUGCACCCUCCUCGUGGCUGUGAAGUCUUUGUGGGCAAAAUCCCCCGUGAUGUCUACGAAGAUGAGCUCGUCCCUGUGUUCGAGUCUAUUGGCCGCAUCUAUGAAAUGCGUCUGAUGAUGGACUUUGAUGGGAAGAACCGCGGCUAUGCCUUCGUGAUGUACACACAAAAGCACGAGGCAAAGCGUGCCGUCAGAGAGCUGAACAACUACGAAAUCCGUCCCGGCAGGCUGCUGGGUGUGUGCUGCAGUGUGGAUAACUGCCGGCUCUUCAUCGGAGGCAUUCCCAAGAUGAAGAAGAGAGAGGAGAUCCUGGAAGAGAUCGCCAAGGUGACAGAAGGCGUGCUGGAUGUCAUCGUGUAUGCCAGUGCUGCAGACAAGAUGAAGAACAGAGGCUUCGCCUUUGUGGAGUAUGAGAGCCAUCGAGCAGCAGCAAUGGCCAGGAGGAAACUCAUGCCGGGAAGGAUCCAGCUGUGGGGACACCAAAUUGCUGUUGACUGGGCGGAACCAGAGAUAGAUGUGGAUGAAGAUGUCAUGGAGACUGUUAAAAUCCUCUAUGUGAGGAAUUUAAUGAUUGAGACCACAGAGGACACCAUUAAAAAGGUCUUUGGGCAGUUUAACCCUGGCUGUGUAGAGCGGGUGAAGAAAAUACGUGAUUAUGCCUUUGUGCACUUUACAACCAGGGAAGAUGCCAUUCAUGCCAUGAACAAUCUUAAUGGUGUUGAACUGGAAGGCUCGUGCUUGGAGGUUACCUUGGCCAAGCCAGUAGACAAGGAGCAAUACACUCGCUACCAGAAAGCAGCAAAAGGAGGGGCCGCAGCAACGCCCGAAGUAACUCAGCAACCUAAUUAUGUUUACUCUUGUGAUCCAUACACACUAGCGUAUUAUGGAUAUCCAUACAAUGCCUUGAUCGGGCCCAACAGAGAUUACUUUGUGAAAGCAGGCAGCAUACGCGGCAGAGGGCGAGGUGCAGCUGGCAACAGAGCCCCGGGCCCCAGGGGCUCCUACCUGGGGGGCUACUCCGCCGGCCGUGGCAUCUACAGCAGGUACCACGAAGGCAAAGGAAAACAGCAGGAGAAAGGAUACGAGCUGGUACCCAACUUGGAGCUACCUGCGGUCAAUCCUGUGGCCAUUAAGCCCGGUGCAGUGGCCAUCCCUGCCAUUGGUGAGGGCGGGGGUGCCCCAGGCCCCCCACCAGCAUACAGGACCACCAUGGGAGAGCUAGGCCGCCCCAUCACGCCAGUCUACACCAUGGCUCCCAACGUGCAGCGGAUCCCCGCCGCCGGGGUUUAUGGGACAAGUUAUGUGCCAUUUGCGGCGCCUGCCGCGACGACGGGCCGCCCCAUCACGCCAGUCUACACCAUGGCUCCCAACGUGCAGCGGAUCCCCGCCGCCGGGAUUUAUGGGACAAGUUAUGUGCCAUUUGCGGCGCCUGCCGCGACGACGGCAACGAUAGCCACGCUACAGAAGAACGCUGCUGCCGCUGCCGCCGCUGCUGCCUAUGGGGGAUAUGCCAGCUACAUCCCCCCGGCGUUCCCGGCUGCGGCCAUCCAGGUCCCCAUCCACGAUGUCUACCAGACGUACUGAGACUGUCAGCAGAGGAGGGUGAUGGAGAAACACACACACUGAAGGAACACUUUACUAUUUAUGAAGAAAGAACCGGCUGCAAAAGAAUAAACAUUUGGGCUCAGUAAACUGAUGCAGAAAGUGAAGAAUGUCAUAGAAAAACGUGUUUGAAAUAUUUUCUACGCUUGAAGUUUUCACUAACUUUUUUAGGCUAUUUUUAAAAUUUAACGUGCCUGUAUUCAUACAUUUCUAAAGGACCUCGAUGCACCCAGCCCACCGCUGAUGUACAUUUAUAUGCAUCCUAGUGGGGUUGCAGAGGGUCUUUUUUUUUUUUUUUAGCAGUUAUAUUUUCAAUAUAUUUGUGGUAUGAAGGUUAUUUUUUAGUAACUUCUGCACUCCAGAGAUGUCUAUUUUGUAGUGCCUUUAAUAAUAUAUCAGCUAUAUAUUAAAAAGCACACCUGAGCAGCUAGGGAAAGUUUUAACAAUAUAUUUUGAAAAAUAUAUUCAAUAUUUAAAGAAUAAAGAACUUAGGGUUUGUUUUUUUUUUUUAAAG